AAGUAAUUUGUUCAAAGGAACUUUGCAUGCAGAAAUGGAUGAUCAGUCAGACCAAGAAAAAAGUGGAGAAAAAUGUGGAAAUACUAUUGUUAGCUCCAUGAUGGAGGACUUGGAAGACCUAGAAAAAGAUUAUAUGCAGCUAGAGGAAGAUCAUGAAUCAUACAAGAAGACAUUGGAAGAACUUGGACUGCUGCAGAAAAAAUGUCUGAAUGGGGUGGCACAUCAAAGAUAUAGACUUAAAAAGAUACAUGAAUCUCUUAAAAGGGCUGAUAAGUCAGACGAUCCACAAGUUAGAGCAACAGGGAAAGAACUUAACCAGAAGGUACUAGGUCGCAAAAACUCUCUCAGAGAUAUGGAAGAUGUGCUACCUCACAAAAAUGGAAUUUACUUGAGUAUUAUUCUUGGACAAGUGAGUGUGUCACUACUCAACAAAGCAGACAAGUAUAUCUACAAGCAUGAAUAUGAGAAGUUCAAAGUGACUGUCAGUUAUAUUACACUGGCUCUUUCUAUUUUACUUUUCUUCAACCCUGGAUACAGGUGGAUGGACGCAGUAUUGCAUUUCCUUUUGGUGUGGUAUUAUUGUACAUUGACUAUUCGAGAAAACAUACUGAGAAUAAAUGGUUCCAGAAUAAAAGGUUGGUGGAUAACACAUCACUUUAUAUCAACAGUGUGUGCUGGUAUAACUUUAAUCUGGCAAGAUGGAUAUUCCUACCAAUCAUAUAGAUUUCAAAAUCUUAGUUUUAGUUUGUAUCUAAGUUUAUUAUAUGUGUUCCAGUUUUUCUACCAGAAAGGAUCCCUAUACAGACUUAGAGCGUUAGGACAGGGUCAUGACAUGGAUGUUACUGUUGAGGGAUUUAUGUCCUGGAUGUUCAAGGGAUUAGUUUUUCUGUUGCCAUUCCUGUUUGGAGGUUAUUUUUUCCAGAUGUACAAUGCCUACACAUUAUUCAAGUUGUCACUUCUUCCACAAACUAAUGAGUGGCAGGUGACAGCCCUAGCUAUAAUCCACUUUAUUCUUUCUGUUGGGAACAUUACAACUACUCUGAAGGUAGUACAAGGCAAGAUCCACGGAGAAAUGAGAAGUCGUAGUCUAACAAGCAAAUACAAAUUCAAUAAUGGCUCUGUAAAAUAGUCAUAUGACAGAAUCCUGACCAAUCAGAUAUUUAGAAUAUUUAUUUUAAAAUUCUUGCACAGCUGUCACAAUUUGUUUCGAUUUAGACAAAGACUUUUGAACAAUAAUUCUUGGAUUUAUUGAGUGAACACAUGUACAGUUGUAUUUUUGACACACAUGAGUCUACAUUUAUUUAUUAGAUUUCUAAGUAUAAAAUUGGCAAAAUAAGAGAAAUAUAAAUGUUGAGCAUUUAUCAUGCUGAAAAAGAAAUAGCAUGUGCAAUUUAAUUUCUGAUUUCAUAAUUGUAUUUUGUGAUUUGUUACAAAUAAGGUGGCAGUACUUUGAAAAAGAGUAGUUUCAUGCACAAUCUGUUAGUUGUAAGUCGUUAAAUUUCUUUAUCUAAGAAUAUAUUAGAUAUUAUUUGUCAUAUCUCAGGUGAAGUGAUUGGGCAUUAUAGUUUCUAGUUUUGGUUUAAACACUUUCUUAAAAAUUACUAAUUUGCUCUCAAGUAGAGCUUUUAAAAACAGUCUAUUUUUUGCAGCAAUUGUUUUUAUAUUUGUAAAAAUACUUUGAAAACUGUUUUAGAAAAUCAGCUUACAUGAGAAGAUACUUUAAUAUAUAUAAGUUGACUUAAAACAUAUACAUAUGCUUCAUUUUUAUUUAUGUCAUUGGUCUUGUGGUUUCAUGUUUCUUGGAGUGCUGUAGGUAGUGGGUUGAUCUGCCCGAGUCAAGCCAAAGAAAAUUGGAAUGUUUUUUCCUCUAAGCCUUUGGCAUUAAGGAGUAACAGCAAAGACUGAUCAGUUAAAAUAAUAUGUCUUGGUAAGAUGACAGGUCUUCCUGUGAACUCACCUUGUGAAUUCUUGCUCAGUAUGAAAGGCAAGUACAAAGCAGGGUUCAUAUUCAUAUCACAUGGUCUCAUCCUGAAUAUGCAUUUAAUUUGCUACUGAACACUAAGCAGCAAUCCAUCCAUCCAUCCAUCUAUCAAAUGAUUAAGAUUUUUUGAGUCAUCAGGUUCUGAUUGAGGAUCUGUUUACUAGUGUCUGAGAGAUCAGGUUCUCACUGAGGAUCUAUUUAUUGUUGUCUUGACAGAUCAGGUUCUGACUGAGGAUCUAGUUAUUGUUGUCUUGAGAGGUCAGGUUCUGAUUGAGGAGUGGUGCUUUCUUAUUUGUUUGAGAUCAUUGAGUAUUUGAUGUUUUGUAGGGUGCUAAUUUAAAUAUGUCACAAAAUAUGUAUGCAACAGAUAAUUCAAGAUACAAAUGUUUUGCAUUUUUUCCUUUGAAUGAAUAUGAAAUUAAUGAGACAGUAAAAUAGAACAAAAAGAUGUGGAGUAGUCAACACACAUUCUAAAUGGAACAGGAUCUGUAUCACAAACCAAGCUCUAAAGUUGUGAAUUAAUUAAGUAGGUCACACCAAAGAUUUGACUUUUCAACUCCAAUUUCAAUGAUGAAGACUUGUACUAUUUUCUUUUACAUUUCUGAUAACUUCAAUUUGAAACAUUGCCUCUAUAUAAUGGUGCAACAAAAUAUGUUUUCAGGUAAAGUAAACAAAUAUCUAUAGAGGGAACUCAAUGAAUAUAAAACGGUUUUCUAUUAUGUUAUAGGUAAUUGAUUAUUUAAAAACAUGAUUCCAAACUUCACUCUUAAUAGCAAGUUUCUGACAAAUUUGAUUCUUGUCAUUGUUACCAUUAAAACUAGAAGAAUAUAGAUAUUUGUAAUUUGUUUGUUUGUUUUUGUUUGUUUUUAUGUUUCAAUGCAAAUUGUUUUGUACAAUAAAGUCUAAUUUUUGGCAAAAGGCUCUUUUCAAAUGCCUCUUGUCCUAUCUUUUAAAUUAUACUAUGGGUGUUUAACCAAAUUUGGUAUUCUGAUAGAACCUAUAAUUAAGCCAGCCACUAAAUAAUGUUUUUUUUUUGUUUUUAUAUGCAUUUUAGUACUGUUAAACCUAUAGAUGUCUGUGCAAAUAUUUGUAAGUUUCAUGUGACCAAUUUGUUUGUUGAUAUCAGAGUUAUAUUCAUGUUGCCAUUCUUACCAGAAAGAAGCUUGUUGCAAACAAUAAAAUAUCUAUAUCUUU